AUGACGGUGUAUAGCUUGUUCCAUUCCAACAUCAACCUUGAUCUGCUCCUUAAUUUUCUUCAACAAGGUCCUAUAGACGCUAUUUUCUGGAGUGAGUUUGCGCGCGAUCUUGGUCCCUCGGCCCUACCUUCGAACCUGGAGAUUAAUUUGCCAAAACCACAGCCUUUGGAAACCUUGUAUCUAACCCCUCAGUCUGCUCCUAGUCCAGAUGUAGGAGCUGAUAUAUUUGGCUCUGAUUUCUCUCCCCUGACAAACUUCGAUCCUUUCUAA